AUGGGCUCCCCAGAGAGAAAAGGCUUCCUUGAGUCUCUAGUUGAGUACCUCCAGGACACGUGGAGCACAGAGGCCCUGCAUCACCUGCUGACUGAAGAGGAAGCCUGGAAACAGCUUGUGGCAGUAGCUGAUUUGUCCAGGGAAGAGGAGGUUUUCUUGCGUAAAGCUCUUGAAGAGAUCAUUGCAGAUCCUGAUGAAGAAGAUGAAGAUGAUCUCCAAAAUGACCUGCAGGACAAGAAAAGGUUUUUGGAAGUUUAUCCUCAGGUGAUACUGGAGCUUGAGCAGCAGAUCAGGAAGCUGCACGCCCUUGCAGACAAGAUUGACAAGGUGCACAGGGACUGCACCAUCUCACAAGUGGUGGCCAGCUCCACUGGUGCUGUGUCCGGAGUCCUGACAAUCCUUGGUCUCGCUCUGGCACCGGUGACAGCAGGACUCAGUCUGGGACUUUCAGCCACAGGCUUGGGACUGGGGGCGGCAGCAGCUGUGACUAGUGUGUCCACAACCAUUGUGGAAAAGGUCAGCACGGCGUCAGUGGAAGCUGAAGCCAGCCAGCUGGUGCCAACCAGCAAGGACACAGGGAAGGUCAUUAAAGAAAUUUUGGAGGAGAGCACCCCCAGGCUUCUUUCCGUAUCCAAGAAUUCCUUCCGGAACCUGGAAGUCAUCAAGAAGAACAUCGAUGCCAUCAAGCUGGCCAAAGCUAACACUCGCCUAGCAAAUAAUGCCAAGCGUCUCAUGACCACAGGGAGGGUGUCAGCCCGAAACACUAGACAGGUGCAGAAAGCCUUUGGAGGCACAGCUCUGGCAAUGUCCAAAGGAGCCCGGAUCAUGGGUGCAGCUACCGCAGGUCUCUUCCUUGUGCUGGAUGUGGUCAGCCUUGUGCAAGACUCAAAGCAUUUGUACGAGGGUGCGAAGACAGAGUCUGCGGCAAAGCUGCGGCAGCAGGCUCAGGACCUGGAGCAGAAGUUGCAGGAGCUCAUCAGGGUCCAUGACAGCCUGACAAAGUGACCUCUUCUUCAGUGCAGCUCAGAGGACUGGGGAAUGGGGACGCUCUAGAUAGACACCUGAUAGCCCCUGACUGUAUCCCCUCUACAGCAAUGUCA